UAUUCCUACUCUGUACGUUUGAUUGAGGGGAGUAAACGUUAACCAUAUUAUUUUAUUUUUUUUUCUUUUGAGAUCAAAACUAGAGAAAAAUGAGAAGAAAGAGUGUAGGGAAAUGUAGGGAUGCGGCAUGCGCAACUGCUCCUUCCCUCUUCGGCAUUCCUCUCCUUUCGGAUGAACAUAACGUAACUGCGUUUGAUAGUGAGAGUGACGAUGUCAAUUGCGCUCAGCGCCGUCCCGAAUCUGGACCCGAGUUUGUGGAGUGGUUGGACAAGAACAUCUGCGUAUGCUGUGACGAUAAAGGCGAAGAGGGAGUUUUGGUUUGCAGCGAGAGGCUGUGCCCUGUCACUGUACAUUCCAACUGUAUCGGUUCCGAACCCAAAUUCGAUUGUUUGGGUAACUUCUACUGCCCCUACUGCUGGUACAAGCGAGCCCUGGACACGUGCCAACAACUGAGAGAGAAAUCCCUUGUCGCCAAGAAAGCUUUGUCACACUUAUUGGAGAGUGGCGCACGUGCAGAUUCUGCUGUUGCACGGGCGGGCCUGGUUCAGGAUGGGAAACAAUGUGUGGAGGAAACACAAUAUGAAGAGAAUAAUAAUACGGAUGAAGAAAAGGUGUCGGUGUCUGUGACGGUUAGUUCUGUGAGUGAGACCAAAGAUGCAGAUGCAGAGCCCAAUGUGGUUUUAGCAAAGAAAAGGAAGGACCAGAGGAAGGGUCCUUCUGCAAGGAGGAGGGCUUUGUUACAACAAGAAGAGUAUAAACAUUAUAACACCGGAAGGAAGAAUGCUGUUAAUGUAGAAGAGGAGGAAGUUACCAGCUUCCAAACUUUGAGGCCACCACAGAGAAUGAAUCGGACUUCACUGACUGCAAAGCGCAAGAGAUUACUUUGGACCCUUGAAGAAGAAAAGGUUCUGAAGGAAGGAGUAUUGAAGUUCUCACUAGAAAAUAAAAAUAUCCCUUGGAGGAAAAUUUUGGAAUUUGGUUCUCGUGUAUUUGACAAGACUCGAACUCCUGUUGAUCUCAAGGAUAAAUGGAAGACCAUUAUCUCCAAGGAAGGAAUUUAGUAGAACCGUUGCAUGGAGAAUCUUCUGAGCAUCUAUUGAAACCUGGGUUCUUGCAUGUUAUUUUGGCAAAAAGUGGAGCAAGGAUAAAAGGUGCAGAUGAAAUUUAAAGACACAGUAUUUACUGUAUACAGUUUUGUUAUAAUUGCAGGGUCUCCUAUAUCUGUAUGCAAUUUCAUUCCCAUUUGCCAAAUCCAUAGAGCCUCUGUAUAUAUCUUUUGGACGAAGAAUUAUAUAAUCAGGAUGGUCAAGCGACGAAAUUCCCUCCUCCACAAAAUUGAGAUCAAACUUGUCUUUGUUUUCAAUUGCGUAUGGUUGAGGAUAAGCUAGCACGUUCAUUGAGAUUGUUUCAUUCAAGUUUAUGAUGUUUUAGGUCAUGUUGAGGUUGAUUGAUGACCUGAUAAAUGAGGUAGACCUGUUAAUAGACAAAUAUAGUUCUUCAUUCAAGUAUUAAGAUAUAUGUUUCUUAUUUUUUCAUUCAA